UGUUGCGCCGCAUGUAUCCAUGUGAUGUCAUCGAUGUCGUUGUGAUAUAUCGGUUUAUGGUGAUGCGGUGCAUGUGCCUGUGUAAUGUUAUUGAUGUCGCUGUGACAUAGAGGUGUAACCAUGGUGAUACGGCGCAUGCGCCUGUGUGAUAUCAUCGAUGUCGCUGUGAUAUAUCGGUGUAACCAUGGUGCUGCAGCACAUGCACCUCUGUGAUGUUAUCAGUGCCAUGGUGACACAGAAGUGUAACCGUGGUGCUGUGAUACCGCUUGUGUGAUGUCAUCAGUGUCGCUAUGGUGCUGUGAUGCAUGUACCCUUGUGGCACUAUGCUGUGUCAUCUCUGCAGUCACUGUGACACCGCAAUGUAAAGAUGCCGCAGUGCAUGUGGCUACGUUUGGUACCAAGUGAUGCCAUGAAGUCACUGUGGUAUGACAUCAGUAUCACAUCACAGUGUUUGGCCUCUUGAUGUGAUGAUGUAGAGGUGCACAUGACCAGGUUGUGGAUCCUUUAUUAUCUUCGUGGCAUCAUUGUAUUGUGAUGUCAUAUCAUUUGGCAUAGUGAUGUGAUGAUGCCUUGAAGACAUCUUUAUGGUAACUUCACAACAGCUCUGUGCAUUGUUGCUGCAUUGUAAACAUCAAAACACUUGGGAAAUCACAAACCUUUGUAUCAUGAUGUGGCAUCACCAUGAAAUGCCACUAUCAGGUCAACCUGUGCUGUAAUGUGAUAUCCUCCAACCAUCGGAGGCUGUGACUACCCAAGGGUUUUGGGGGUGGGAGGGUUGGUAAAACUUGCUCAUUUUUGUUAAAAGUAAUGCAGAUCUGUGAUAGUUUUAGUACAGAUAGACAAAUCGCCUGUGGUCACUUUAAGCAUUGUGGUGUCUAACCCUGAUCUGAGCACCUGCCAAAUGAUAGGGUUUUAAAAACACUGGGAGCCUUAUCUAUUUUAGUGUCUUUACUGUAAACACCAGCACUCCCAGUGUUAGCAACAGUGGGGUUUUUUUGUUUGUUUGUUGUUGCCAGAAAUGCCUAGAGUAGCCAUUGAGUUACCAUGAUGUUAUGCUAUAGCAAUCUACACAACAACUUCUUCAAUAUUUGGUGAUGUGAUGGUGCAGAGGUUGUUAUAUAACAAUAUUUUUGCCUCACGUUCAUGUAAUCAAUUCAUAGUGGCAAAGCGAAAGGAACUUUAUCCCAAAGAAUGCUGGAUCAGGAUAUCGUGUGCUCUGACUCAUCUGAUGUACCAACUAACCUUCUGUAUUAGAGGCUGGAUGCAAACUGCUUCAUGAUUAUGCUAAAUAGGGACAGCCCUCGGGCUCCUGGCAUAUUGACAGUGCAGCAAAAUUUGGACUCACUUAAUUUAGGAAGAUCUAAAAACUGUAAAUGAUUUGGAUCCAUCUGUUCAGUCUAGCUUGUAAAUUAUCUUUUUAUUUAAUUCAAGGCGUGUGUGUUUAAGGAAGGAAAGACACCUAGCAAACAACUGCAUUCAUACACACUGCUUACAUAGUACUUCUGUGCUCUUCAUCUGCAUCUUUUAAAUAUAAAUCAAGGAACAAAGACCAAAUAAUCCCUCAAAAUAAUCUUUCAAACUAUAUGACAUUUCCUUCUUCAGUAUUUUCUGAGCUCUUAUUAUCUCUGUGUAUCAGCUGCAUGCUGGUUUUUUAUAUAUAUAUAAAUAACAAAAUAGAGAUUCCUCUGAAUUUGUACCAUUAUAGGAUUACUUUACCAGAGCCAAGUUUGUACAUGUUUGGUAGCUGUUCUUCAAAGUUCCAUAACUUCUCAUUCAGUCCUUGGUGAAUCUGUCAUAUUGCCAGCCUUAUUCCAUUAAAAUCCUUCCUCAGCCCUCAUCUCUUUGAAUGCCUACAAGUGAGUCGACAAUAUUACCAUACAAAUAAAAACAAAUGUCCAACUUAUUUCUUCAUCUGGUUCCCAGUGUCGACUCUGUCUUGCUUAGAUUGGAAGCUCAUUGGCACAGGAAAUGGCUUUAUUUUUGUUUCUCAUCUUUUGUCAUAGAAUAUCAUAGAAUCAUAGAAUAUCAGGGUUGGAAGGGACUCAGGAGGUAUCUAGUCCAACCCCCUGCUCAAAGCAGGACCAAUCCCCAACCUAAAUCAUCCACAUGCACAUUGCUGGCACUGAACGGACAAAUAAUAACACUUAUGACAAGGUCCACAUCCUGUGAAAUAAAUUAACAUCAUCCUUUGCUCCAUCAUAAGAUAGCUCUGAGCACAAAUAGGUGAAUAGGUCUCAGUGCAUAGUGUUUGUGUAGUUGGCGAGGACUCAGUUCAAUUUCCCACCUACAAAACAUUGUAAGAAAACUGAAAUCUGCCAAAGUUCAUUGGGCUAUUGCUAAUGGUCUCAGUAAGGAUUUGUUCUCUGACCUAGUCAUUUUGGCUAUGUUUAGACUUGGAACAAUGAGAUUUUUUUGGGAUAAUUAUCGGUAAAUGUCGAUUUCACUGUACACUGAAGUCAAUGCAAAACUAUUUUCAUUAAUGAUCAAAAUGUACAGAUAGGCAAAGUAAGAAAAGAACUAUUUGAGAACUUACUAGAGUUUGACUUAAGGGUAUUUACUUUGUGUAUUUUGACAUGUGACGUUGACAAUUUGUAUUUAACAGUUAUAAAACUUUAACUUUUAAUCUCAACAGUUACUGUCAUUAAAUCAUUUUGGUCCUCCCCUCUCCCCCACAUAAUUUCCUGCAACUGUGAAAAUUUAAAUAGAUAAAAAUUAAAAAAGCUUACAACGAACCAUUGAUAUUACCAGUCAAAAUUAUAAAUAAAAUUUGAUUCUGCCUAGCCUAGUUUAUUUCAUUUUGUAUAGUAAAAGCCAUUAGAUCACUUGGUCCUCUCAUUUUUUUGCCAAAGUCCUAGCCUUAUACAUUCUACUCCUGGAUGUCCAGUGUGUUCCAAAGGUCACUUUCUGCUGCAUUAAUUGUAGAUCCAGGUUUCACCCUCUGUGCAGCUCUGCUCUGUUGUGCCCUCACAGCAACAGCAUGACAGUCUGCCACCAACACAUCAAACGGAACUUCUUUAUUAUGACACCUAAAAUUUAGAGGCUAGACACUGGUCAGAAUUCCAGGAAGACUUGAAAGCAUCAGAUCGCACCUUUUCCCAUUCCCCCCAAACAUAGAGCCCACAUGAGACAUUCUUAGCUGAAGAUGUGAGUACAACUUAUGGCCUAUGUUGCUUUUCCUCUGAAGGAAGCGUCAGCAGCAUUAUUGGGUGACAUUGUGGUGGUGUGGGUGGAGGCAGAGAUGGAUUUAUAAGCCUGUUGUAUAUAACGUUGACUUUUUUGUCUGCACCUCCCAGCAUGCUGGGAACUCCAGCUGUAAUGCCCACAGAUUAUAUAUAUAAUCAAAUGUGGAAAAUAGUUGAUCACCCCAUAUCUUCACCUUCAGGGCUCUGCACAACUGUUCCCUCAUCUUACUGAUUUUUUUAAUCCGUUUUCCUGCUCUCAUAUUCACCUUAUCUUUCAUGUCAUUCCCCCUAUUCACUGCUACACACAGGACUGACUUGCACUCUCUUAAUAACCACUAAGGAUGUACCCUUACAUUUCUAAGUGCCUUUCCUCCUUCCAAAUUCAGUUUGCUAUUGACUACUUCCUGCAAGCCACAUACGGAACUCUCAUUGUCAGCCCCAUACAGACAGGGGAGGCUGCCAUCAUGGCAGGAGGCCAGCUGUCCUACAGAGAACCAGUGCACAGCUCACUCUGCAGCAGUGGGGAGUGAGCAGACUUUGGCCAUGAGCCUGGAGCAAACCCUUACACUUUGAAAGCUGCUGGGGGAUUGUUAAUGUCCAUGCAGAGGAGAAAGGAGAUUUAUAUCUAUUUAAAGGACACAUUAAAAAGACCCCUUAUAACAAGCUGUAUAGAAGUCAGUGUUUCUGCCUUAGAAGAGCUGAGACAACUCUGCCCGCAUUUGACACCUGGGCCCAGAUCAUCAAAGAUAUUUAGAUACACCUCUACCCCGAUAUAACGUGACCCAAUAUAACACGAAUUCGGAUAUAAGGUGGUAAAGCAGUGCUCUGGGGGUCGGGGGGGGCUGCGCACUCCGGUGGAUCAAAGCAAGUUCGAUAUAAUGCAGUUUCACUUAUAACGCGGUAAGAUUUUUUGUCUCCCAAGGACAGCGUUAUAUUGGGGUAAAGAUGUCCCUACCUGCAUUACAAUCCCAUUUAGAUGCCUAUAUACUUUUGAGGGGCCCUGGUGCUUAGAGUACUAUCCAGAUUGCUAGCAAAGGGUCAAGACCCUGAUCCUUGCAGCCUUAACUCUGAGUUGUCUCGUGGGGCCUGAUUUGCCUCUAACACAGACAUCAAUGGAGUUAUUCCUGAUUUACUCCCAGAGGGGGGAGGCUCUGUGUCUUUAGCAGACCUACUUCUGAGUCAGGGCUGAAAGAUGAGAUCCCUACUUAGUAAGAAUAUCAUAGCAAUGCCAUUCUGAUCAGAGUUUUAAGUUCAGACCUUGUCUACACACAAAAGUUAUACUGCUUUCAUUAUAUGGGUAUAGGUAAUACAGUACCGUCCUCCUCAUGUGGAUGCAUUUAUACCAGUAUAAAAGUGCUUAUACUGGUAUAGCUUUUUCCCAUAUGGGACAGAGGGAACAGGAGUAAGUUAUACUGGUAGCUUAUAUAUAUAAGGCACCUUUAUGUUGAGGUAACACUGGGUAUAAUUGGUAAAACUCACACACCUCUAAUCAAAAUGAUUAUACCAGUAUAAAACUGUGUGUAGACCAGGCCACAGGGUGGGCGGAGUAGUAUUAUGGAUAUAUAGGCUCCUUUGCUUUCAAUUUAAACUGGUUUUUACUGAAAAAAUCUUGGGUUUUACAAAAAAAUUAUUAGUUUUUUUUCCGUUUUUCAUCCUACUGUUGUAUCAUUCAAAUAUAUAGAAAAUAACUUGCUUUAUUAGGAAAAUACAUAUGUCGCAUGCAUUGCAUCUUAUUAUGAUAAUACAUUAGUCUGUGUGUAUAUGCAAAGCAGCCUGUGGUAGUAACACUAGAAGAAGCACACAAUAAACAAACAGGCACCCACGCAAGCCCUGAAGUGCCUGCACAUCUGAACGUACUGAUGAAUCUCACGCCCACCACGGACACAUUUCAAGCUGUUAGCAGGGAACGGUUUAAAGAUCUGACCCACUAAAAUGGGAAGAAAAUGAAAAUUGGUAUCAGCAUGUGUUUCAGCACACAGGGAAAGUUUAAAAACAAAAACAGGAGGAAAGGAUGAAGUGGAAUGUAUGCGCUACGAAUGAUGUGACUCAAUUCUUAAAUGUCAAUAUUUAUUGGCUAAUAGUUCUGUGUUUACAACAGCAAACUGUUUAUUAGAGCGAUAUGGUUUUCUUAAACUCAGAGGAGAAACUGUGUUUUGAGUUCUGUUUUAGUUCUGCAGCAAACCACAUUAAAUUCCAUUCAUCAAAGCAUUAAUCUACUGCAUACUUCCCCCCCCCAUCCUUCUGUCCACCUAAAUAAACCCUGAUAUUUACUCAGAAAAAUUAUUAAUAGUUUUUUCCACCGAUUUUCACCUCUUUUUGUUGUAGUAAUAAACACCAGUAAAUUCCCAGGGAAAAUUGAAUAAAAUAAAAAACAAAAAUGAAGGGCCCUAUUGAUAUAGUAGGUGUCUUUAAACUUUAUUUUCUCCUGGACUGAAGAGACUUAAAAUAACGUAUAGCCCGAACAUGAUGCCGUGCGUGAGCCAGAGAGACAGCGUUGUCUCUCUGGCUCACACACGGCAUCAUGUUCGGGCUAUACGUUUUUUUUGAAAGAGCUCCCACCAUCACCUCCAGCUAAAGAAGCACUAGGAUCAAUCGGCCACCACUAUUUUAACUAACGUGACUGAGAUUUUCAGAGCUGCAUAAGGGAUUUGGACACCCAGUUCUCAAGGAAAUGGAGGGGAAUAGGGCAUCCAGAUCCCCGUCAUGGGUUUGAAAACACCAGCCCACCUUUAGUGCUGCUCUUCAGGUUAGAUGACAUGGCGACGAAUAUGCUGGUGGCUGCCCCGCUUCACACAAUCCAAGUCUCUCAGCUUGGAAAGUGGCUAUGUAUGCAUGAGGCUGACUGCAUCUAUGGGGACCCUUUGUAGAUUAGUCCUAAAUUCUUUUCAGUUCUUUGAUUAAGAGAAGCUGUGAUGAACAACACAGGUAAGGACACUCUUUGAAAUAUAAUUUUUAAUCCUUGGAUUCUGUUCCUAGCUCUGCCACUGACCUGCCAUGUGAUUUUGGGCAAGUCACUUCCCCUCUCUCUGCCUCUGUUUCCCAUCUUUUGUCUGUUGAUCUGCUGAGGCCAGGGGCUGUCUCUCACUAUGUGUUUGUACAGCUCCUAGCACACUGGGGCAUUGAGCUCCGUUGUGGCCUCAAGAUGCGAUUGUAAUACAAAUAAUAAUAAUAUGAGCAGCUAGGGAGUGAAGCAGGAGAUCCAGUUUGAUUGACUUCUUGAGUUCUCUGAUGUUUCAGGCUCCCUGCAGGAUGGACCCAAACUCAGUGAGGACUAAAGUCCCAGCCUUCUUAUCGGACUUGGGAAAAGCUACGCUCAGGGGAAUAAGGAAAUGUCCCCGCUGCGGCACUUACAACGGCACUCGAGGGCUGAGCUGCAAGAACAAAACCUGCGGGACGAUUUUUCGCUACGGCGCUCGGAAGCAGCCUGGCGUCGACGCCGUGAAGAUCAUCACAGGCUCGGAUCUGCAGAUCUACUCGGUACGGCAGAGAGACCGGGGGCCAGACUACCGGUGCUUUGUGGAGCUGGGGGUUUCAGAGACAACCAUCCAGACUGUGGAUGGAACCAUCAUCACGCAGCUCAGCUCCGGACGCUGCUAUGUCCCGUCGUGUUUGAAGGCAGCCACUCAAGGCGUGGUGGAAAACCAGUGCCAGCACAUCAAGCUGGCUGUGAACUGUCAGACCGAGGCCACCCCUUUGACCUUGAAAAGCUCCAUCUUAAACUCCAUGCAGGCCUCCCCUGAAACUAAGCAAACCAUCUGGCAGCUGGCAACGGAGCCCACCGGCCCCCUGGUUCAAAGGAUUACCAAGAACAUCCUGGUAGUGAAGUGCAAGGCCAGUCAGAAGCACAGCUUGGGUUAUCUCCACGCCUCCUUUGCUCAGAAGAUGAGCAAUAAGAAUGUGCCAGAGCACAGGUUUCUCUGCUCGUGCCAGACUCUGAAAUCCAGCAAGGCCAGCUCUGCCAAGGAAGAGGCUGCCCAGAGAUGCAUUCACUUCUUCGCCUGCAUCUCUGCCUUUGCCAGCGAUGAGACCCUGGCGCAGGAGUUCUCGGACUUCCUCAGUUAUGAUUCCAGCGGUCUCAAAGGGAUCAGAGUGCCCCAGUUAGUUUGCCAUCCUGAAUCCACCGUGCAGGCUGGCGAGCCCACUGCUUCCAAACCAAAAAAGAGGAAAAAAGAUGAAGCAUCUGGUACACAAGGAAAUAGUCCACUCCUGGCUCAAGAUCCAGCCAACUGCAAUCUGAAGAAAAGCGGACUGAAAAAGCCAGCUGUUGCGUCUUCACUAAAAAGACAAGCCUGUAAUCAGCUGCUGGAUGAGUCACAGGUGACCUUGUCCUUCCAAGAAUGGCUGGCCAGUGUCACCGAACGCAUCCAUCAAACCAUGCAUUACCAAUUUGAUGGCAAACCAGAGCCACUGGUGUUCCAUAUACCACAGUCUUUCUUCGAUGCCCUGCAGCAGAGGAUUUCCAUAGGAAGCACAAAGAAACGGCUGCCUAAUUCCACUACAGCUUUUGUCCGGAAAGAUGCCCUUCCCUUGGGUACCUUCUCCAAAUACACCUGGCACAUUACCAACAUCCUGCAGGUCAAGCAAAUAUUUGACACUCCUGAGAUGCCCUUGGAAAUCACACGCAGCUUCAUCCAGAACCGGGAUGGGACCUAUGAGCUGUUUAAGUGCCCGAAGGUUGAAGUGGAGAGCAUCGCGGAGACAUACGGGCGCCUGGAGAAGCAGCCGAUUCUCCGGCCCUUGGAACUCAAAACCUUCCUCAAAGUUGGCAACACAUCACCUGAUCAGAAGGAACCAACCCCGUUCACUAUUGAGUGGAUCCCAGAUAUUUUACCCCAGUCCAAGAUUGGUGAGCUGAGGAUUAAGUUUGAAUAUGGCCAUCACAGGAAUGGACAUACCACUGAAUACCAGGAGCAACGCCCUUCACUAGAACAGACCCUGGAGCUGACGCCUCUAACCACCAUCACCUUUCCUUGACCUAACACCCAGCCCCUCUCCCCGCUAAGUUUGCACAGCCCUGCUCCGUGGGCUCUCGGCCCUGGGCAGUAUUAGCAUUGAACUUGUAUGGGGUUCCGUAGUGAACUGCUCCGUAAAGCUGAAGUUUUCUGAUUUCUAAAUAGCCACCGGACCUACACUAGAGGAAAGACACCUCACCUGCUUUAUAAAUAGCAUACCUUGAUGCUGCUUCACAUGUAGUCUUCACUCAAACUGUCCGGUAUUCAGAACACACCUCUGCAUUCCCAGUCACCAGGACGCAUUCAAACCUUUGGGUUGUAGUUCCUUUCUAUCACUUCCCCCUGGAAAACAGACUUAUCUACAGCUCACAGAUGGGAAAAGACAAUAUAUUACGAAGGGAGCUAGAUCCUUGUAUUACUACAUGAACCAUCAUGGCAUAGUCUGAUUUUAUGCCAGAUGUUAAAAUAUUUUUUUUAAAUAAAGCACACUGGAAAACGGU